CCCAUCUCCCCUACACCAUGCCAGUUAUCAACGUGAAAGACGACGAAGACUUCAGAAAUCAGCUUUCCCUCGCUGGUCUCAAGUCAGUGAUUGUCGAUUUCACUGCAGUCUGGUGCGGACCGUGCAAAAUGAUUGCUCCAACAUUUGAAGCUCUGUCCAAUCAAUAUCUUGGAGCAGUUUUUCUGAAAGUUGAUGUGGAGAUCUGCGAGAAAACCAGCUCAGAGAACGGUGUCAAUUCGAUGCCAACGUUCAUGGUUUUCCAGAGCGGAGUCCGCGUGGAACAAAUGAAAGGAGCCGAUGCAAAAGCACUGGAAACAAUGGUGAAAAAGUACGCAGACAACUCGGCAGCCGACUCACUGGUUGCUGGUCAAAUGGACUUGACACCUCUUGUCGAUAAGAAACAAAUGGAAUGUUUGAAUGAAUCUGAUGAUACUCCACUGGGACGUUUUCUCGAAGGAAACUGCAAUCUGGUUUCAGAUUGUGAUGAGCAAUUGAUCAUCUCACUUCCAUUUAAUCAACCAGUCAAAGUUCAUUCAAUUCUUAUUAAAGGAGUAUCGGAUCGUGCUCCAAAGAAGGUCAAAGUGUUCAUUAAUCUUCCGAAAACUACGGAUUUCGAUAAUGCAACAGCUCUGGAGCCAACUCAAAUGUUGGAAUUUGAUGAAUCUUCUAUUCAAGGGCACGGACAAGUCGUCGCGUUGAAAUAUGUCAAGUUCCAGAAUGUUCAGAAUAUUCAAUUUUUCAUUGAGAAUAAUGUCGGUGGAGGAGAUGUCACUGAGCUCGUCAAGCUUACAGUCUUCGGAACACCUCUGUCUGCUCUCAACAUGAACGAAUUCAAAAGAGUCGCCGGAAAAGCUGGAGAUGCAGCUCAUUGAGCCCAUCAAUCCUUCUUCCUAUCAACUGAUUGUGAGCCAACGAGUUAUCCAAUUCAUUUCUCUAAUUGUCAUGUACCAAAAACCAUACUUUCGCUGAUCCCAGUUUCCAUAUUUUCCUUAUUUAUUUCUCGAUUUGUGUAUCAUUUUUAUUUUAAUUUUAAUUUUAAAUUUAAAUUUAUUUUUUUUUCUCAGCAUAAACAC